GAAUUGCACUCAUUUGGCAACAUCGCAAGUGCACCUCAACAAUUCGAUGCGCUGUUCACUUGCUGUUUAGUCUCGUGAAUACAACACUUUGCCCACACUCGUGACGUGUUUACACAAAGAGAAAUCGACUAUCAGGCUUUAAGCAAAUUGCUUGAAGUCUUCUUGUUGGUAACCCUAGUUUGUCUGGCUUGAUUACGACCAUGUCCUAUGCCGUUUCCCCAUCGAUGAGCGAUGAUGAACGAGAUAUAGAUAUCGAAAGUGAUGAGGAGGAUGGAGGUGGCUACUCACGAGGCUCUGGACAGUAUUCUCAGCAAGUUGACAAAAGAGCACACCAUAAUGCCUUGGAACGGAAAAGGAGAGAUCACAUCAAGGAUAGCUUCAGUGGACUUCGAGAUUCAGUUCCCUCGUUACAGGGAGAAAAAGAUGGCUCUCGGUUUCAGGCGAGCCGUGCUCAAAUACUGAAGAAGGCAGCUGAUUAUAUACAGUUCAUGAGACGGAAAAAUGCAGCCCACCAGCAGGAUAUUGAUGAUCUCAAAAGGCAAAAUGAAGUCCUUCAAACUCAAAUUCGCUCCCUGGAGAAAGCCAAAAUGCUUAAUGUAGGUGACAUGCAUACCCAAGCUGAGGCUGGAAAGUAUCAGGAAGAUUCUGAAGGUUCUGAUAGGGAAAACAGUACCAAAGGGAAACGGUCCAACAAAAAGAUGAAAACAUCUGUCUAGCUAAAUUAUUGAGAUCUGCUUCAUAUUGACUGUUUGUGUGUCUCUGUACCUUCUGCGACCUAGGAAAUCGCAAUUUUGUGUCAUGAGUCCUGAUUCAUUCGACUCUCUUUUCGUACUUUUCCACCUCACCCUCUCCCUGCUCUGAUUCAUUCGCUGUGCAAAUAAGCUGAGAGUGAUUUGGAUACAUCCUUGUUAUGUGCUUAGUUCGAGCCAAUAAAGACAAAAUUUCGUUUAAAAA